AUGACGGUUGGACGUGUCAGCGGCAACGAAAUUGGAGUGGAUACCGGACUCGAUGUCGAUGGAAACGUGCAAUCUAAAGGAAAAGAAGAGGAGGAUUGCCAGAAUUACAUCAAAGUUAUAACGCCAGAUGCAACGACCGGGAACCUGCUCGUUUGCGGAACCUACGCGCAGAAACCGAGAUGCGUUAUUCUGAAUGGGAAGGAGGUCGACACGUGGAACCUAGCGAAUCGAUGGAAGACGAACGCGACGGACGCUUUGUACAAGUGUCCGUUCGGCGUGGACCAAAAGGUCACCACGGUCUUUGCGGACGGUAGCCUUUACGCUGGGACGGUUGCCGAUUUCAGCGGCAGAGGGUCCGCGUUCACGAGGUCGAUGGGGGGCGGGUAUCUGCCUCUCAUAUCCAAAAAGUCAGAUUCCAUAUGGCUCAACGACCCGGUAUUCGUGGGCUCGUACCAGGAAGAUAACGAGGUUUAUUUAUUCUUUCGUGAAAUGUCGAUAGAAACUCAAUUCACGGAGAAGAUGCACUAUUCCCGAAUCACGGCGGUUUCAAUAUAG